AUGAGCCGUCCCGUUACAGUUCAACCUGGAGGUAAACUCUUUCCUAGUAGUGCAGAAUGGAGCAAUGAAUUAUUCAAAUCUUGCAGUCCAAUAUCAGAAGCAUGCUGUGCUGGUCGUCUUCAUCAACGUACAGGUGAACAUUUUUGUUCAUGUAUAGUUCCGGGUGCUACACAAGCACUUCGAGCAAAGAUUCGAAUGGCUUAUGGUAUUAAGGGUACACUUAUCCAUGAUUGGUUGGCAUCAUGCUGUGGUCCAUGUUCAUUAUUACAAAUGAAGAAAGAACUCGAUCGUCAGGGUGUACCAGAUCCACAUGCCAAAUAG